ACGACCUGAAAAAAUUCAAAAACUAGUUAAAUCUAUUUGAAACAACCGACGAAGAGGUAGUCAUAGUGAAUGUCAAUGAUUAAAUCACUAGUCCGUCUUCUGUGGCAAAUGGUACAAAAGUCAAAAUAAUUGUUUUACAGUAAACAUGUCUUUACUUAAUUUGUUGUAUGUUAGAAACUCCUAUUCGAUAAAAUAAAAAUGAUCCGACGCAAACGAAAGUGGAAAACAAGUUAAAUAACGAAAGACAAAACAUGAAGAACACAAUAUGUCUUUUGCCCAUAUUGUUAUUGAUAUCAAGUAGUAUCACUCAAAACGUUUAUGAGGAAACUGAUUCCACGGAAAGUAUUAUUGAGUCCCCUUUAUGUUGCAAUUUAACUGUAGAGGAAAUUCAAGUAGAUUACAGCUCCAAAAUUGUAGAGAAUGAGUAUAUUGUUAUGUUUAAUGGGUACUACAAAAAUCAGGCAAGAGCAAGCUACAUAAACACUGCCCUAAAUGGUACUGGAGUUAAAAAGUGGACGAUUGUCGCGAGAGAAAAUCCUGCCAGUGAUUAUCCUAGCGAUUUUGAUGUAGUUGUUUUAGAAGAUACUGAUAAAUUGGAGGGUUUAAAUGCUCUAAAUGAGCACCCUGCUAUUAAGAGAGUGACUUCACAACGAAUGGUAUCGCGUACUUUAAAGUUCCUUAAUUCUAACACUGUAAGACACAGUCAGACAAGUUUGAAUUCAAAAAGCCAGUUUUGGCAAGCAACAGGACGUCACACAUCCAGGCGCCUUUUACGGGCCAUUCCAAGGCAAAUCACUUCAGUUUUGCAAGCUGAUUCAUUAUGGAAUCUUGGAAUUACUGGGAAAGGCGUUAAAGUUGCAAUAUUUGAUACUGGUCUUUCAAAAAAUCAUCCACACUUUAAAAAAAUCAAAGAAAGAACCAAUUGGACAAAUGAAAAAACUUAUGAGGAUGGAUUGGGGCAUGGAACCUUUGUAGCGGGAGUCAUUGCUUCUAGUAAAGAAUGCCUUGGGUUUGCACCUGACUCAGAGUUACACAUUUUUAGAGUUUUUACCAAUAAUCAGGUCUCUUAUACAUCUUGGUUUUUAGACGCUUUUAAUUAUGCAAUUCUCAAAAAGAUAAAUGUUUUGAAUUUGAGUAUUGGUGGGCCUGAUUUUAAGGAUCAUCCAUUUGUUGAUAAAGUAUGGGAAUUGACUGCGAACAGAGUCAUUAUGGUCUCAGCAAUCGGCAAUGAUGGACCUUUGUAUGGAACAUUAAACAAUCCAGCAGAUCAAAUGGAUGUGAUUGGUGUGGGUGGAAUAAAUUUUGAGGAUCAAAUAGCAAAGUUUUCAUCAAGAGGAAUGACUACCUGGGAGUUACCUCAAGGCUAUGGGAGAGUUAAACCAGAUAUUGUAACAUAUGGGUCUGCAGUAAAAGGUUCAAAUAUCAAAGGAGGUUGCAGAACUUUAUCAGGAACAAGUGUAGCAUCACCAGUGGUGGCGGGUGCUGUUACUUUAUUGGCCAGCGGGGUGUUGCACAGGGGAAAUGUUAUUAACCCUGCUAGUAUGAAGCAGGCCCUAAUGGCGUCGGCAAGACGACUGCCUGGAGUUAACAUGUUUGAGCAAGGGCACGGAAAACUCAAUCUGAUGAAGGCUCAUCAGAUUUUAAACACUUAUAAGCCUCAGGCCAGUUUAAGCCCGAGUUACAUCGAUCUCAAUGAAUGUCCAUAUAUGUGGCCCUAUUGCACUCAACCUCUAUACUAUGGUGCCAUGCCUAUCAUAGUAAAUGUCACAAUACUUAACGGUCUGGGGGUGACUGGUAAACUGUUAAACAAACCCACGUGGCAUCCUUACAUACCCCAACAAGGGCAAUUACUAGACAUAUCAAUUUCGUACUCUGAAUUGCUCUGGCCUUGGUCAGGUUGGAUGGCAGUAAGUUUGUCAGUCAGUGCAGAGGGUGCCAGUUACGAGGGUCUGGCUCACGGACAUAUCUUGCUGACAGUGGAGUCACCGCCCGAAACUGGUGAAGCGGAACCUAGACAAAGCACCGUGAAUUUACCUAUAAGGGCCAAAAUAAUUCCGACCCCACCGAGACACAAGAGAAUUUUAUGGGAUCAAUUUCAUAACUUGAGGUAUCCUCCGGGAUACUUUCCGAGAGAUAAUUUAAAGAUUAAGAAUGAUCCACUUGAUUGGAAUGGCGAUCACAUUCACACUAAUUUUAAAGAGAUGUACCAAAAUUUGAGAAAUGCUGGUUACUAUGUUGAAGUGCUAGGGUCGCCUUUCAAUUGCUUCGACGCAUCCCAGUACGGCACUUUGCUUAUCGUCGAUCCAGAAGAAGAAUAUUUUCCCGAGGAAAUAGUAAAAUUAAAAAGGGACGUCGACUCUGGAUUGUCUUUGAUCGUUUUUGCCGACUGGUACAACACGACGGUCAUGAAAAAGGUGAAGUUUUAUGACGAAAAUACGAGGCAGUGGUGGAUGCCCGACACGGGCGGGGCCAAUCUGCCCGCACUCAAUGAACUACUCUCCUCGUGGGGUAUACAGUUCGGCAAUAGAGUUUUCGAAGGACAUUUUAAAUGGAACGACCACCAAAUGUACUACGCUUCGGGCACAAGCGUACACGAGUUUCCCAAAGAUGGGGUGUUGCUAAGUGCUGCUCUCAACGAUCAAGGGGCGCAGAUACUGGAAGAACCAGACCAAACGGACCACAAAACUCCCAUCUUGGGCCUGUUGCAAUCGAAGGCGACUGACCGUAGCGGUCGCAUCAUCGUAUACGGCGACUCGAAUUGCAUCGACGGAAGCCACCUGGAAGCCAAUUGCUACUGGAUGCUGAACGCGAUGCUAGAAUACACCUCGACGUCACAUUUGCCGCCGAUCUUUAGCGAUAAUCGAAUGAGCGGAUGGCGCGAUACCGUGGAGACGGAGAGACCGCGAAGGAUGGACCAGAACAAGUUGCACAGGUUCUCGAAAGUUUUGGAGGGCAAGUUGGGAGAGGCGCAACCCAAACAAUUGCCGCAGUGUCCCCAUUUGGUGUGGGCGUUCCCUAUACCGUUAAACGCGUCCGCGCCGUCCAAUUUGUACCAGUCGCAGAAAUUGCUCUCGCUCAUGGAAGAUGUUAACGUUGUACCUGUUAAUUUAGAUAAUACUAUAAAAGACGAGGCCGGUGUCGAUCACGGUGGGGAAUUGGUUGAGUGGAGCUGGAGGAACAAACCGGCCGAUCGGCCAACAACAACGGAAAGUUUCGAUAUUACUCUCACCGCUCUAGUCUUUCUAUCUUUAGUCGUUAUUUAUUACGGGCUGGGGUGGUGCAGGCCCAAGCCGAAAAAGAGAAAACCGUGUCGUAGGCUGCUAUCCCUCGUUCAGUGUAAAAAGAUAAACGUGUAAUGAUUCGACUCUGACCCAAUUCGCGGAAACCUUCAAUGGGUAAUACUUUUUUAUUUUAAGCGAAGCCCAUCGGAUUGGCGUAAACCUACCGAAUUUUUUCUUUGCCGAAACUGUCGAAUAAGAGCGUAAUUUUAUAGCAAAACAAUGUGCUUCUGUUAAUAAAUUAUUUA